AUGCAACGACCAGGAUUUGAGCAACUUCCCCUCAGGACGGGUGACCCCCCUUUCUCUGCCUGGUCCCUCUACGGGCCGAACGAUCAGCUGGGCACAUUGAACCUGUUGACUCCAGAAGUGGUGACAGACGCAGCCCAAGAGAUCAAAAGCGGGGUACGAAUAGGCCUCGACUCUAGGAUAGACUACCUUGCCAGGCCACCACAUAACAGAAAGCCCUUGACGCACACCGUUAUCCACAAAGCUCCUCGAGCCGUGCACGAUGAUGAACUGAACUUCAACAGUCAGAUUUCAAGCCAGUGGGAUGGCCUACGUCAUUUCGGGUAUCAGAGCCUAGGACUCUUUUACAACGGAGCCAAAGUGAGCGAGUUGUCAGGGCCCGAGGCGACGCCGAAUCUGGGAAUACAUGCAUGGUGUGCCCAGGGCAUCGUUGGCCGGGGGGUUUUGCUCGACUAUCUUCACUGGUCCAACUCCCACGGUAGGGCAUAUGACAAAUUGGGCGACCAUAGAAUCACUGUACAAACUCUUCAAUCUAUAGCGGACGCGCAAGGGGUGUCCUUCCGGAAGGGUGACAUACUCAUCAUCCGAACUGGGUUUCACGCGGGCUACGACUCCCUGAGCGACGAAGAGAAAAUCGGAUGGGCCCAUCAAGUACCCACGAAGCACGUGGGAGUCGAGACAUCAAGAGAAAUGGCCAAAUGGCUCUGGGAUUCCCAGUUCAGCGCCGUCGCGGCUGAUGCGCCGGCCUUCGAAGCGAUCCCAAAGCGAUCGAGCGGGAUCAACGAUUUAUUCUUGCACGAGAUUUUGCUGAGUGGCUGGGGAAUGCCGAUUGAUGACCCUGGCUAUCAGAUGCUACGACAGGCAGAACAAGGGGACGUGGAUUUCAUCACGGGUGACUACCUUGCUGAAGUCAGCUUGGCUGAAAAUGCUGAAGCGAUGCGUGCAGGAGAGCACGAUGGAUGGUUCUCCACUUGCUGGGACGGGAUUGAACAGAGCAUCGACAUCAUCGUGGAGAAGAGGAUCAAGGUGGUCGUUAACGGAGGAGGACUGAACCCUCGUGGCCUCGCUGAAAAGGUCCAAUUAUUGAAGGAGAAAAACUGCCGAGUAAAGGUUGCAUUUGUCUCCGGAGAUGAUCUAUUCGAAGAGACCAAAAACCAGAUUCAAUCGACAGGGCAAUUACCACCACAUCACGACUCAGACAACCCCAACGUGAUCGUCGACAAGCGUACGUUUGCAGUUGAGGAUCUGGAUCGCAAGCCGCUCGUGGCUGCAAACGCUUACCUUGGCGCUCGUGCUAUUGUUGCUGCUCUCAACCUUGGAGCAGACAUUAUAAUUUGCGGCCGAGUGUCAGAUGCCUCUCCCGUGAUUGCCGCGGCCUGGUGGUGGUAUGGGUGGCAAGCGACAGACUAUGAUCGGCUGGCAGGGGCAUUGCUUGCCGGUCAUCUUAUUGAGUGUUCUGGGUACGUGACGGGGGGCAAUUUUGCGGGCUUUGACGCCUUUGACCUAGAUUUACUGGUCGACAUCCCGUUCGGCAUCGCUGAAAUCUCGGACGACGGCACCUGCGUGAUUACCAUCCACGAUACGGGAAAAGGGAUAGUGAAUGUGGACGUUGUUCGUUGUCAGUUGCUGUACGAAUUACAGGGUGCCAUCUACCUCAACAGCGACGUGACAGCCGAUGUCAGUAAUGCGGAAGUCCAGCAGGUUGGGAAAAAUCGCGUCCGACUCACAGGCGUCAAGGGCAGUCCUCCGCCAGCCACGACAAAGUUGGGCAUUUUCUAUCGCGAUGGCUAUCAGUGUCAGCUGUUACUCAACGCCACAGGCUACAACACAGCGCUUAAGUGGGAAUUGCUCCAGAAACAAGUCAAAUAUGUCCUCGAGCAGAAAGGACUACUACACAAAUUUGAUGUGAUUGACUUCCAAAUUGUCGGAACGCCUGAGACAAAUCCGCGCACGCAGUUAUGUAGCACCACCUACUGUCGCAUUUUCGCUCAAGCAAACGAGGCCGCAACAGUGGCGAGCCUUCGAGGAGCCUGGGCUGAGUUCGUGAUGCAACAUUUCUCAGGUCUCCACUAUGCCCUAGACUUCCGCAGUGCAGCCCCGAUGCGAUACAUUGCAUACUACCCUGCACUAUACCCCCAAGACUCUUUGAGGGAAUUUGGACAUAUACUGAAUUCAGACGGCUCCAUCAGCCAAUCUAUCUCCGCUGAUCAUCCGCCCGAAUACCAAUCCCCUGGGAAGAGACUAAACUAUGACACUGAACCGAGUUUUGUCCCCUUGAGCACCGAAACUAAACUGGUUCGUCUAGGGGUUCUGGCCCUCGGACGAUCCGGCGACAAGGGAGGCAACAUCAACUUUGGCAUCUUCCCCAAAGUAUCCAAGAUCUGGCCGUGGUUUCAGGGCUUUAUGUCACGUACGCGCUUACGAGACUUGAUCGGGGAGGAUUGGCGAGACGAGUACUUUAUCGAGAGAAUGGAGUUUCCGGGCAUUCACUCGGUGCACUUUGUCAUCUAUGGCAUUCUAGGCCGUGGGUCGAGCAGUACAGUAGCAUUGGAUAAUCUGGGAAAGGGUUUUGCCGACUAUAUUCGGGACAAGUGGGUAGAAGUACCCGUGGAGAUAGUGCAUCAGAUUUCAGAAUGA